CUUCAACUCGUCGACGUGGACGUCAUCCCUCCAGUUCUACGGAGCCAAACCCGGCGCCGCUGUGCUCGCGUCCGCGUCCAAUCGUCGGUGCCUGUCAUGCUGCAUUUCUGAGUGGAAUCUCGUUCGCCCGCGAGAGGACGAGAACAAAUUCUUGCCCGCCUUCCUGCCUAGGCACCCCACCCACCUGGGUAAUCGGAGCGGUCUACUACCCCGCGUCCGCUCACGCUUCCAGGGUGGGAUGAGUAAAAUGCCCGGGGGUUGCUGACAGCUAUUUCUCGAGGUGACCGCGAUUCCGACAAGAUCCGUGUCGUCUGUGCCUAUGCCGCGAUCCUCCCCAGCUUUUGCUACCUGAACCUAGGUAACCUACUCACGCUGGCCGUCGGGAUGGAGGCCGGCAUCUCGAGUUUUCCGCCGCUUGGGCAGGUUACCCAGAUUCGAGGAAAUACUAUAGAGUUCUUUUCCCUGCUAGAAGUCGACAAGUCGCGCGCUGGAGACGCCUGGGAGGUCGCCGUCUGGCGCUCUUCUACCGACGGUGUUUGGUCCGAGAAGUUGUUGCAGCGCACUCGGGCCAGCGAGUCGCCGACACUGCUCCGGGCUCCCCCUGCCUCGCGAGCCUUUUUGUACUUUCGUACUUCUUUCUUCGUAUCUUCGCCCCUGAAUUUUACUCUCAAGUUCCGCAGCGGCCCUGAUCACCCUUGGAGGUGGGCCCGCGAUCUGUCAGGCAUACACGAUGGGGUCGUCCUUAUCGAAGCCCCCCAGCCUCGUAGCCGGAUGGGAGGUGAUCUCUCUGAUAUCAUCCACGGCCUAAAUCCGGACUUGAGGGUUACCGCUGCCGCAAGCCAAACCCCACACACCGAGCUUUGGUCUAUCGAAGCCGACGUCGACCCCGCUGUAGGCGACCAGUCCGCGUACGCCGAUGUGGACCUGGGAACGCCUUGGGGUGGUUCCCUACGAUACUUUGCCAUUAUUCGUCACGGAUCACCGUGGUUAGGCCCUAGGCACAGUAGUACUUCGUUCAGCCUAGAUAAAGAUGCCGUCGUGUGUUCCUUUCUAAACCAUCGAGGAAAACAUCUAGUCUUGCUGGGGGUUAGUGGUGUAGCGAACGUAACGACGCUCUUCCGCAGCUCCGGCGCUGGUUCCGUGAAGUUACAUAUACGUAAUGAUAACGGGAGCCGUUCUUCGGGACUCGUCUUGGCAGCCGUUGGUGACAACUUCGAGAGCGCCAUCGCGGCCGUGAUGUACCACGCCCGAACUGUUAUCCUAGCUACCAGAGUUGGACAUGAUGAGUUAUCGCGAGAGCUUCAGAGCCUAAGCGAAGAUGUAAGACCUGAAUGGUAUGAAAACUGGUACGACGGUCUGGGAUAUUGCACCUGGAAUGGCCUGGGCCAGCGCUUGAGUGAUAAGAAAAUCAUCAAGGCCGUCGAGGCAUUAGCGAAAUCACGCAUUAAUAUCAGCAGCCUCAUCAUAGACGACAACUGGCAGGACAUCGAUUAUCGAGGCCAGGACCAAUCUCAGUACGGUUGGAACGGAUUCGAGGCUGAGCCCAAAACAUUCCCCCUAGGGUUGAAAGAGACAGUCUUGCGGAUCCGCGCGAAACAUCCGAGCAUCCAGCACGUUGCGGUUUGGCACGCCUUGCUCGGGUACUGGGGAGGCAUAUCUAGCACAGGAGGCCUCGCCAAGAAAUACAACACAGUGCAGGUCAACCGAGCCGACUCUAAUGUCAACGGACCGAUCACUGUUAUUGCCAAAGAAGACGUUCGAAGGUUCUACGACGACUUCUACCGCUUCCUGUCUGAUUGCGGGGUGGACGGUGUCAAGGCCGAUGCCCAAUACAUGCUGGACACCUGGGUUUCUGCCCAAGAUCGCCGUGAACUUACCGAUGCGUACCUGGAUGCCUGGAUGAUAUCUACUCUCAGGCAUUUCAGCAUCAAAGCCAUCUCUUGCAUGUCCCAAGCGCCACAGAUCUUGUUCUACCAGCAGCUUCCGCGAAACCGGCCACCAUUACUCGUGCGCAACUCGACCGAUUUCUAUCCUGAUGUUCCAGAUUCCCACCCAUGGCAUAUCUUCGCGAAUGCCUACAACACAUUGUUCACACAGCACCUGAAUACCCUGCCGGACUGGGAUAUGUUCCAAACUAACCACGAAUUUGCCGGUUUCCACGCCGCUGCGCGGUGCCUGAGCGGCGGGCCGAUCUACAUCACCGAUAUUCCCGGGAAGCAUGACAUCAAUAUAAUUAACCAAAUGACUGGACCGACUCCGCGAGGAAAGACGGUGAUAUUCCGGCCAAGUGUGGUGGGUAAAACCAUCGACGCUUACACAGGCUAUGACGAGCUUUCAAUCCUCAAAAUCGGGAGCUACAACGGCAGAGCCGUAACCGGAACCCCAAUACUAGGCGUCUUCAACAUCUCUCGACAAUCUUUACAAGAACUUAUCCCGCUGUCUCGAUUCCCCGGAGUUGUCGACUCGGCGAGAUACGUCGUCCGCGCUCAUGCUAGCGGCCUCGUCACACCCGUCGUGCAACCCAGCUCUUCGAACGCCAUUAUCGCAGUCUCCCUGGACACUAGAGGGUACGAUAUCUUUACCGCCUUUCCGGUGACCAAGUUCGACAGUGAGACGAACGGCGAAGUAGAUGUCGCCAACCUCGGCCUCAUCGAGAAGAUGACAGGAGCGGCUGCUAUUACCACUAGCCAGUUUGAGCUGCUGCAGACUGGCAGGGUAUUUUUGGAUGCGCGACUGAAGGCGUUGGGAGUCCUCGGGGUCUACAUCUCGAGCCUUCCUGACAUGUCAAUCGAGAGGGACUUUAUGGUUACAAUACAGGGACAGCCGAUACCGCUGCGCGCGGUUUCUGUCAACACCAUCGAUAACCGUGUGCUGAAUGUCGACAUCGAGACGGCAUGGAAGAAGAUGGGUCUCAAGGCUGGUUGGAGCAACGAAGUCGAAGUCAAGGUUUACUUCGAUAUCGAGUACCCCUGAUUGCUUGCCCAUAGAUACGCGUACGCUCCCCGUAGGUCCCCGAAUAGAUGGCCUCAAUGCCUUAAAGGACUACAGACAGAUAGUUCGUCCUUACUGAAAGUCCCGCUCCGAAACUUACUAUUCGUAUUUCUGGUAAAUAGGGCCCUCUAGUUCCAGGGGCCCGCAGGUCACCUCCUGCCUAAGUCACCCGUGCUGUUACGCUACUAUCGCAGAUGCACACGACAGCCACCGCGUGACGGAAGACAAACAGCAUUAUAAUUUCUUGUCGUCUUUCGGCCUAGACCUAAUCUCCUACCUACUCAAUUAGACUUUGCCCAACCUCUCGGCCUCGACGGUAACAGCGUCGGGGAUCUCAUCCUUGAGGCUCGGGCCCCUAGGCUCCCAGCCAAAGUACUUCCUCGCGCGGGAGGCAACGCCCCUCGAGUUUGUGCCCAGCGAGGGCACAUCAUCAACAGUCUUGACGGCCGGCUCGGGAAGCAGGCCGCGGCGGGCGG